AAAGAUUGACGGCCUGAGGACGGAGGCGUGUGUGUCUCAUUUCGUUUAGGAUGCAUCGGAGAUGACGCGCAGUUUCCAAGACGCAUAAGUUUCUGUUGUAAAGCGCCUGCAUGCCGCAUAGACGCCGGCUCAGCGUGUUUCUCCCUGAUGGUGUGUGUGUGUGUGUGUGUGCGCGCGUGUGUGUGUGUGUGUGUGUAACAGGGGUGUGUUACAGCUGCAUAUUGCGUAACUACAAUCCCAAGACUUUUUCCUUGGUCUUCUCAGCCUCCUAGCUUCACGCCACUGGAUGCUCACGUGCACGAGCAAGGCAUUCAUAUACAGAUUAACAUCAUAUCGCUGCUCCAUCCGGACUAAUAGCUGGUACGUCAUUCAUUGCAGAGACCCUGGUGUCAAACCACAAGUUGAUGCUGGGGACCCCUGAUUAUGUUGAUGAUGAUGAAGAUGAUGAUGAUGAUGGUGCACACGUGCUCGAAGAGGCCCGCCGCCCUCAUGCCUUCUCCGCUCGCGCGCUAGGAUGUUGCGGCAAGUGGUGCGCGAGGGGCUGCGGGCGUCCUUCUACAAGCUGGGCCACUUCGUCGCCAACCACCCGGUGUUCUUCGCCUCGGCGCCCGUGCUCCUCUCGGUGCUGCUCGGCGCCAGUUUCAGCAGGUACCGUGUGGAGGAGGAAGUGGAGCGCCUGCUGGCCCCCAAACACAGUCUGGCGAAGAUCGAGGGCAACCUGGUGGACAGCCUGUUCCCCGUCAACCGCUCCAAACACACCCUCUACUCAGACCUGCAGACACCCGGCAGGUACGGGCGUGUGAUCGUGACCUCGCGCAGGGGCAGCGUGCUCGAGCCUCACAACGUUGACCUCGUCCUGAAGCUUCACAGUGCCAUCACCCACAUCCAGGUUCCGAUGCUGGGCUUCAACUACACCUUUGCUCACCUCUGCCUGCUGGACGAUAGCAAGAACUGCAUCAUAGACGACAUCCUGCGAAUGCUGGAGGAGAUGCGAACAGCCCGCGUCUCGAACCGGACCGUUCCGCUGCUGCGCUACCCUAUCACACGACUCAAGGAUGGGCGAGAGGCUUACGUCGGACACCAGCUCGGCGGGGUGCAGACGGUGGGCAGUGGUCGAGAAGGUGUCCGCGCUGCCCGUGCUCUCCAGCUCACCUACUACUUGCAGGUCGCCAGUGCGCUGAAUGAGGUGGUGGCGACUCGCUGGGAGCUGCUGUUCUGCCGUGAGUUGGAGAGCUUCAGCGCAGCACACCCCGAGCUCGGGCUGUACCCGUUCACCUCGUCCUCGCUGCAGCGGGACUUUCAGAGGACAAGUCGCGUAUCCGAACGCCCACUGCUCUUCAGCCUGGCUGCAUGCCUCUCGCUCGCUGUUCUUUGCUCUUCUAUGAGAGACUGCGUACGCACCAAACCCUGGUUGGGAAUCCUGGCGUUGGUCACCGUCAGCCUCGCGACUCUCACCUCCGCCGGGAUCUUUAACCUCACUGGAGGAAAAUACAACUCCACGUACCUUGGCAUUCCUUUCAUCAUGCUGGGUCAUGGCUUGUUUGGCACAUUCGAGAUGCUGUCUUCCUGGCGACGGACCCGUGAGGACCAGCAUGUAAAAGAGCGAGUGGCUGCUGUAUUCUCAGACUGCAUGCUUCCUUUCACAGCCAGCACCGCCCUUCACCUUGUCACCUUUGGCAUCGGUGCCAGCCCGUUCACGAACAUCGAGGCCGUGCGCCUGUUCUGCCGCAUUGCCUGCAUUUCCAUCCUCUUCAACUACCUCUACAUCCUCACCUUCUAUGGGUCUAACCUGGUUUUUGCAGGUUACCUCGAAAACAGCUAUCGUCACAGCCUGUUCUGCAGGCGCGUACCCAAGCCUGAUUUACUGCAACAAAAGCCAGCUUGGUAUCGCUUCCUGAUGUACACGCAUUACAAUGAGGACGCGUCUGAAUCCGGUGACCUACGUGUCUAUGAGAACCAUCUCCUGGUGGCCUUCAUGAAGCGCUACUAUUGUGACUGGAUUACCAACACUUAUGUCAAACCCUUUGUAGUGCUUUUUUAUUUAGUAUACAUCUCCUUUGCAUUGAUGGGUUAUUUACAGGUGAGUGAAGGCUCAGAUCUCAGUAACGUUGUCGCUACAGAGACCAGCACCAUCGCGUACACCCGGGCACAACAGCGCUACUUUAGUAGUUACAGCCCUGUGAUUGGUUUCUACAUCUAUGAAUCUAUCGAGUACUGGAACACCAGUGUACAGGACGACCUCCUUGAGUACACCAAAGGGUUUGAGCGAAUCUCCUGGUUUGAGAGUUACCUAAACUAUCUGCAUGGUCUAAACAUAACGACCAGCCUUUCGCGCAGAAACUUCACAGAGCAUCUGCGCUCAGGCUUCCUCCGCCAGCCCCGCUACCUCCAUUUCUCAGACGACAUCAUAUUCGCCAAGCGGACCGAUGGAGAGUUCGACGUAGUGGCUUCCCGGAUGUUCCUGGUGGCCAAGACGACGGAGAACAAGCGAGAGGAGAUGUCUGUUUUGUUAGACACACUGCGCAAGCUCUCACUGACCUCCAGGGUGAAGUUCAUCAUCUUCAACCCUUCUUUUGUGUACAUGGACCGCUACGCAUCAUCAGUAGGUGCGCCGUUGAAGAACUCAUGCAUUGCUGCUCUGUUCUUGCUCUUCUUUUCUAGUUUUUUGGCGGCCGAUCCUCUGGUGAACGCCUGGAUAACUGUGACGGUGGCCUCUGUGGAAUUUGGUGUGGUGGGGUUUAUGACACUGUGGCAGGUGGAGUUAGACUGCGUGUCAGUGCUGUGCCUGAUUUAUGGGGUUAACUACGCCGUGGACUCAAGCGUGCCUCUAGUGUCAGCCUUCGCUCUGGGACGGGAAUCGACGCGUACGCGAUGGGUCAAGGUGUCCCUGGAGCGGCACGGGGUCCCUGCUUUGCAGAGUUACAUGUGCUAUGGGGCAGCAUUGUUGCCUUUAGCAGCUGUUCCAUCAAACCUUACUCACACGCUAUUCAGGUGUUUUUUCCUCACUGCCCUCAUCACCGCCUUCCACUGCCUGGCUAUCCUUCCAGUCCUCCUGACAUUCUUACCCCCCUCCAAGAAAAAGAGGAGGGAAAGGAAAAGCAUGGCUGAGCACCAGGAAGAGAUUGAAUGCGUCGAGAUGGCAGACAGUACCCGAGUGGUCGAUCAGAUUACCACCGUCUGAGCAAAAUGACAAAAUGUGAAGUGUGACAAAGAGUAACAGCAGGGCUUGGGCUCACAGGGUCCAUCAAGCCCUGGAAGAAAAAGUCACGUCACCUGAGCAAAAGAAUUUGAGCUCUCUUGUUGGAACUAGGGUUUGUUGUCAUGGUAAAAAGUGCUAGAAAGGUCUUGCCAUUAACACGAGGCUAGGUUGUCAUGGUGAAAGUCCUACGAAGGUUGUGCUGCACAUCUUCCAUCCCUGGGUGGAUGGUAAGAGAAGGUCUUUGUUCAGUCAGCUGAAUGAGCCAAAUUUUUUUUUUGGCCAGCUGUGGAUAAUUACAGAGCAGCUCCAGGAUUAGCGGCUGAAUGCUCCCAACGAGGUUUCGCCUUAAUGCAGUUUAGACGCACAUAUAUGCUAUACAAACCAUUGCAACAUUACUGUGAUAUUAAAAUAUAAAAACAUAAACCCCACCACUCGUAUUUACAGGUGGUCAGGGAGUCCUCAUUGCUAAAUCAAGGCAGCCGUAGUUGUUUUAUGAAUAGCCAUGUCAUCUUUAUUAGCCAUAUCAAUUCAAUCUCUUGCUAAUGUGUCAUUUCAAGACUUCAUUUGCCAGCCCUGAUUUUUUCUUUCAGUAUUAGAUGGAAUAACAGUUGAUCUCUGGUGGAGAGAGAUGCAGAUGCGCACUCGCAGGUCAUGGUGAACUGCAUCGCUUCCAUGGUAACCCCUCGUAUCUCCACGCCUGUCACAAUUUAGUGUUAGAUUAUACUGUAAAUACAUAAUUUCAUUACCCUCGAGCAUUCAGUCAGUCCAUAAUAGCUCCUAAUGGGAAUCGAUGGCUGAUUAAAUUAUGCAGGCUUGUGGGUUGUAAAUAACCUACAAAUGAGUUCAUCCCAUAGUUUCUGGAGUGCGUUUCUCCUCCUCAGAAAGAAACAACAAAAAACAUUGAACAUCACACUGUUACACACAUUGCUCCUCAUCAAUAUGUAUGAGCCAGAAUCACUCUCUUUGUCUCCUUGCCCUCUCGGUAUGAGAGGCACAAAGGAAGGAGAAGAUAAGGACAGAGAGUGAAAGAGAGACAGACAGAGAAUAACAGAAAUCACAGGUUUAUAUGAAUGCGCUCGGUCUAUUAUGGUAUAAUUUCUACAGUAACAGCUCGUUCACAGGGCCUCGUAUGGCAAGACACUCAACGCAAACAGACGAACGAGCACGUGUAAUCGCUGAGAUGGUGAAGUUUUUCUGUGAGACGUUUGUUUAACGUUUAUGGAAGGAGUCUCCAUUGUCGGCGCUUUGUAACAGACAGAGGUAACAUCUUCAGGACAGAGGAGUUUUUACGCUUUCUCAGUAACACGCGAACCAAGCUGCGUUUCUUGUCUUGUUAACUUCAUGAGAGAGAAUAGAGAGAGGGCUGGUGAAGGUAAAACUGUUUAUAGCUGCUAUAACGUAAGUGAGAACAGGACCUAACUCUUUUCAUGGAUGUUCAUGGACUCUUUUCAUGGAUGUAACGU